AUGGCUUUACUCCCAGUGCUGGUGAUUCUCAUUGCUGUGCUGUUUCCACCUUUACCUGCAGAAGGAGGGAAUCCAGCCUUUACUAAUUUAUUAACCACCCAAACACAAAUCCAAAGAGAAAUUGUAAAUAAGCACAAUGAACUAAGAAAAUCAGUAGCUCCACCUGCCAGCAAUAUGCUAAAGAUGGAAUGGAACAAAGAAGCAACAACAAAUGCUCAAAAGUGGGCGAACAAGUGCACUUUACAACACAGUGAUCCAGAGGAACGAAAAACCAAUACAAAAUGUGGUGAGAAUCUCUAUAUGUCAAGUGACCCUACUUCUUGGUCAGAUGCAAUCCAAAGCUGGUACGAUGAGAGUAACAAUUUCAUAUAUGGCACAGGACCAAAGAGUUCCAGUGAUAUCGUUGGACAUUAUACUCAACUUGUUUGGUAUUCAUCUUACCGUGUUGGAUGUGGAAUUGCCUAUUGUCCCAAUCAGGCAGAUCUGAAAUACUACUACGUUUGCCACUAUUGUCCAGCUGGUAAUAUUCUGAGCAAAAAGAAUACACCUUACCAACAAGGAGAACCUUGUUCCAGCUGCCCUGAUAAUUGUGACAAUGGACUAUGUACCAAUAAUUGUGAGUAUGAAGAUCUCCUUAGCAACUGUAGUUCCUUGAAGAAAACAGCUGGUUGUGAACAUGACCUGCUCAAGCAAAAGUGCAAGGCCACUUGUCUAUGUGAAAACAAAAUUUACUGA